CACACAGAAUCUGCUGUUGGCUGUGCUCUGUGGCGCUUUGUUUUUAGCUGUUCUCUGACAAAGGGCUUGAUCUGUGCAGCACAUCUCGUCUUCUUUGUUCAGCCUCUGGCUUCAACCACAGAAUCACAAAUACUCUCCAGCUGGGAGUCAGACAAGGGCAGAGAUGAAGAACCCAGAAGCCCAACAGGAUGUUUCGGUUUCCCAGGGAAUUCGCAUGAUGUUUUACGUGAUGAAACCCAAUGAAACGUCAUUUGAAACCCUGGAAGAGGUGCCUGAUUAUGUUCAAAAGGCAACUCCAUAUUUCAUUUCCUUGAUGCUGCUUGAACUGGUUGUCAGCUGGAUUCGCAAAGGGAAGCCAUCAGGUCCUUUGGACGAUGCCUUAACAUCCAUAUCAGCCGGUGUUCUGUCUCGGCUUCCGAGUUGGUUUUCCAGGAGCAUUGAACUGACCAGUUACAUUUAUAUCUGGGAGAACUACAGGCUUAUCAGUUUGCCUUGGGAUUCUCCAUGGACUUGGUAUUUAACUUUCUUGGGAGUUGACUUUGGUUACUACUGGUUUCAUCGUAUGGCUCAUGAGGUUAAUUUUAUGUGGGCUGCACACCAAACACACCACAGUUCAGAAGACUAUAACUUAUCCACAGCGCUGAGACAAUCUGUCUUCCAACUGUACACUUCCUGGAUAUUCUACUCUCCACUGGCCCUCUUCAUACCACCUUCAGUCUAUGCUGUUCAUCUUCAGUUCAAUCUCCUCUACCAGUUUUGGAUCCACACAAAGGUCAUCGAUAACCUUGGUCCUUUGGAACUGAUUCUUAAUACUCCUAGCCAUCAUAGGGUUCAUCAUGGCAGAAAUCGUUAUUGCAUAGACAAAAAUUUUGCCGGAACUCUUAUUAUAUGGGAUAGAAUUUUUGGAACAUUUGAGGCAGAAAAGGAAAAAGUUGUAUAUGGUCUAACACAUCCCAUUAAUUCAUUUGAACCUUUCAAGGUGCAGUUCCACCAUUUACUUACCAUAUGGACUACAUUCUGGGCCACACCUGGAUUCUUCAGUAAGUUUUCUGUCAUAUUUAAAGGACCAGGAUGGGGUCCAGGUAAACCAAGACUUGGACUGAUUGAAGAAAUUCCAGAGGUCAAGGGGGAAGAAGUUCCCUUCUCAUCAGCAGCAUCUCGGCUAUUAAAGACAUAUGCAGUUGUACAGUUUGCUCUGAUACUAACAUUUUAUGAAGAGACCUAUACAGAUAAAGCUGUACUAUCACAGGUCACUCUCCUUCUGAGGGCUUGCUUCAUUAUCCUGACUUUGACCUCCAUUGGAUUUCUUCUGGAUCAAAAACCUAAGGCAGCUGUUCUGGAAACUUUCCGUUGCUUGGUGUUCCUAAUGCUGUGUAGAUUGGGUCAUCUGAAGUCUUUCAUCCCUUCUCUGUCAUUUGCUUUUGAGGUUUUUUUUUCCAUCUGCUUUGCUUUCUGGGGAGUAAGAAGCAUGAAACAACUUGUCUCAGACCCUGGGAAAUGACUAAACGUUUGUACACAACUCUCUUGUUUUAAUCAUUUGUCCACAACAAUAAUAUAUUACUACUGCCUAUGGAAGUAUAAUUUUAUAUAAUGAUUAUAUGAACUAUUUCUCUAAUGUGAGGUAAAUACAUUUAUCUACUCUUGCUUCCUUUCCACAUUUAUUAUUCUCUAUUAAAAUUAAAGUCAGCUGCAGUUACUUUAUUGCUAGGGUUGAAAGAAGAUGAUUUCAAAUAGAAUGAUGUUACAUCCACUGGUAACAUCUAAGCCAAUGAGUAUGAGAAUAAGGGAUAACUUCAAAACAGUAAAAGGAAUUAAGAUUUUAUUAGCAUUGUUUAGACAACUUUUCAUUUGCUGUCUGCUAAAAUUGUGCUUGGAUACAUAUUUGUUGUCAUAAAAAUGUAUUACAUGAGUUGUCUGCCUAAGGCUAGGUUUACCUUUGAAAGCCAUAUAACCUAAGGAGUAACAUUACAGAAAAUGACAUCACUGAAAUGAAAAUCACCAGAAUUCGUCAGAAUUCAUUUAUUCCGUAGAUUAAUUUGUGAUACAUAUGUCUAAUACGUUUGGUCAGUUUGUUUUGGCAAAUUGAGGAGUGUGCAGUAUUUCUGUGCUAUUUUAAAUUGUCACAAUCAUGUUAAAAGACUCUCUAAAUAAAAUUGCUCAAGCAUUG